CCGAACAUUCUCAACAAGGAUCCUCCAGAGAGGAAGCCCAAAAACGACAAAUGUGGCGUCUCGCUCAAGCACGAGUUUGACCCCACCGGUCUUGUCCAGCGGUGCGUGAUAAUCCAGAGAGAUGAAAAUGGGUUUGGGUUGACAGUGAGUGGAGACAACCCUGUGUUUGUUCAGCUGGUCAAAGAAGAUGGAGCUGCAAUGCGAGCUGGGGUCCAGACUGGAGACCGAAUCAUCAAGGUUAACGGGACCUUAGUUACACACUCCAACCACACUGAGGUUGUAAAGCUAAUCAAAUCUGGGUCCUACGUUGCGCUGACUGUGCUGGGAAGACCUCCCGGUAUUCCUCAGAUACACCUGGAAGAACACGAAGAAGACACAUUGGAGGAAGAAGACCAGGAUGACAGCGACCAAUCGGUGCGCCACUCAUUCGGUGGUGAUGGACGAGGAAGCACCACCUGUAGUCCUGAGGCGCACUUCCACUCCUCGCUUCUUGAUGGGGAUGGAUCUUCCAAGAUCUCGGAAACCGAGGAAGGGGACUGCGGGGACGCUGUUAGCGACGGGCUCGGUAGCAAUAGUACCCCGGACACGGGCGUCGCAGCAAGCCCGCCAUACCUCCUCAACCCGCAAAUCAUUGGCGCAGAAGACGACUACUUUGACUCACAGCAGGAACAAAAUAACGGGCAGUGCAGCUGCUUCCAAAGCAUCGACACCCUCAAGGGUCGGCCCGCCCACCUAGCAGUCUUCCUCCAUCACGUCGUGUCACAGUUUGACCCCGCCCCCCUGCUGUGUUUCCUGUACGCCGACAUCCACAAGCAAACAAGCUCCAAAGAAAGUCGGCGAUUUUUCAUGGAGUUUCACUCCCUCUUCAUGGAUCGGGCAGCGAAUCUGAAAGUCCCCGUGCCAGAAGCAGUUGCAGCUGAAUUAGAGAAGCGCAGGCUGGAGUUAAUCCCAGAGGAAGUGUGCAGACAGUACACACAAAAUUUACAGGACUCACUGAUGCCAGACCUGCACAAGAACCUGGACGACUUCAGGCAGAAGCGCAGCAUGGGGCUUACGCUGGCCGAAGACGAGCUUUCCAGGCUGGAUGCGGACGGCGCCAAAGAGCCGCCGGCCUGGGAGAGGGAGUGCUCGUGUGCCGAGCAAAUCCUCGCCAAGAUUGAAGACAUCUUGUUGACGUCACAGCCCACUGAAGAAGAAAAAUGCCAAACGAUGCAGUACGUCAUCCUAACGUACAUGAAGCACCUGGGCGUCAAAACCAAGGAGCCCCGCGGCCUGGAACACAAACGAGCGCGCAUCAACUUCCUGCCCAAGAUUAAGAAUCGUAUCAAGCCCGACAAGGAAGGCGAAGAGAAGGUGAAAAAGCCUCGCUUUCCCAACAUCCUGGUCCCGCAGCGCCGUCUCAGCAGGGUGGACUCCACUUCAGUGGGCAAGGCGACAGAGGGGAUCAAGCAGCGUUCGCCGAAGCUCCUCUCCCACCCAGCUUCGGAGCUGCCCGACUCGUCUCCCUCCAAUCCCGGAAGGAUUCGCGGGAAUCAGCCGAGCGAGGGUUCUGACGUUUUGAGCGCCUCGUCCGCGCACAGCUCGCCCACCACAUUGGCCUCCGAUGCCAGCGGUCAAGACUCUGACACCAAUCUCUCUCCAUUCUGCGUCCAGCCGCGAGUUGGCGAGGUCGCGGCGUUCGCCGGAGACCCGCAAGAUGGCGUCUGCUGCCACUCUGGUACACAAUUUGACUUCACUCCUUCCAACUUGGACCACUUGCAGGAAGAGGGAGACCAUGAUGCAUUCAGGAUGGAGGCGCCGGACGCGGCGAGCGAGGACGAGCAGGUGUGCGAGGCGGCGGGCGAGGACGACCCGCUCAACUGGCGGAGCCUGGUGAGCCGCGAGGUUCUUGCCGCGCUGGCGCCGCAAGAUAUCAAGAGACAGGAAGUCAUCAACGAAUUGUUCUACACGGAGCGAGCCCACUUGCGCACGCUAAAGGUUUUGGAUGGUGUGUUCUACCAGCGGCUCAGCAGGGAUGCCAUUUUGCCUCCCGAUGAUGUCAAGAGCAUCUUCGCCAACCUGGAGGACAUCAUUCAGCUGCACGUUUCUUUGACAGAGCAAAUGGCGGCCAUCAGGAAGCGGAGUGAGACAUCUGUCAUCGGUCAGAUCGGAGAGGAUCUCUUGGCCUGGUUCAGUGGCGAGGAAGAGGAGAAGAUAAGAUGCGCGGUGGCAACUUUCUGCAGUAACCAACCAUCUGCGCUGGAGCUCAUCAAGAGCAAGAAGAAGAAAGAUCAGAGGUUCUCCAUCUUUAUGCAGGCGGCCGAGAGCGACCGGCUAUGUCGCCGCCUGCAGCUGAAAGACAUUAUCCCAAUGGAAAUGCAGCGAGCCACCAAGUACCCACUUCUCCUGGAUAAAAUUGCCAAGUACACAGAGGACGACGAGGAAGCGGACAAGGUGAAAAAAGCCGGGGAAUGCUGCAAGCAGAUCCUCAACCAUGUCAACCAGGCAGUUAAAGAAGCGGAAAACAAACAGAGGCUGCUGGACUAUCAGAGAAGGUUGGACAUCUCGUCACUGAAAUCCAACGAGAACCCGAUGAUCGUUGAGCUGAGGAAUCUGGAUUUAACCAAGAGGAAGAUGAUCCACGAGGGUCCGCUGUCCUGGAAAGUCAACAAAGACAAGAGAAUUGAUCUGUACACGCUUCUGCUGGAAGACAUCCUGGUCCUGCUUCAAAAGCAGGACGAGCGUCUGCUGCUCAAGUUCCACAGCAAGAACGCCGCCGCCGGCACCGCCGACUCCAAGCUCAGCUUCAGUCCGGUCGUUAAACUCGGGACCGCGCUGGUCAGACCCGUCGCUACCAACAAAAAGUCCUUCUUCGUGCUGUCCAUGUCGGAAAACGGGGCGCAGAUCUACGAGCUGACGGCGCAGAGCGUAUCCGACCAGAGGACGUGGCAGUGUCUCAUCACACAAUGCGCUGACGCCAUGAAGGCCAAUUCGCACAGUGGUGACACCGCCGAAAGCAGAAACCCAUCAGUUGGCUUAUUAAGAGGUGAGCAAGAGGCCAUUGAGAUGAUAAACUGUGAGAUGGACAAACCCAACAAAGACGUCAACGACACUUCAGGUAGCGACGAUUCAUCGGACAUCCCGCCUGCCCCGGCGACAAACCCCUUUGACGGCAUCAAGUCGGAGGACGAGGACGAGGAGAAGGCCGAGGACGAAUUGGGGGUGGAGGAAGAGGAGGGCGAGGUCGACGAGGAAGAGUUGGAGGCCUUCCUGGACGCUCGGCUGGAGGAAGACGAAGACGAUGAAGUCCGGGCGUCGUUCUCGUCCUCCAAGGCAGAAGAAGCUCUCGGGACGUUGGUGACGCUGAAGCAGCUCCUCUUUAAUCACAUGAUUAAGGACGAGGAGAAGAGCUCCCCACCGCUAGCUCAGACCGGCCCCUCACCCGACGGGGGCGCCGGCGCCGAAUGCGAUGAGGUCGCCGCCUCGGGCCAGAGCUUCCAAAAAGACGAGCCCGAAAGUCAACGCAACGGCGCCGUCGAUCCGGGCGGAGGUUGCGAGGAGGCCGAUGACGGCGACUUGUCUGUGGACACCGUUGACAUGAGCAAGCUCCUGUCGUCGGAGAACGGCGGGCGACCCAACCUCAACAGGCGUCUCAUGACGCACCUGCGCCUCCUGCAGGCCGACUUGCAGUACCUCAAGGAAGUGGAGCUAAAGUACAAGAAGCUACUGGAGACGCCGACCGACUCGGACAAUGGUGUGUGA